AUGGCAAGCAACCUCUUCGACGCUUCCGAUCGCCCGGACGAGGACAAGAAGGAGGAGAAAAAGGAGCGCAGAACCAAGUUGUACUCCUACGACGCCGUUGCAGCACAGAUGCUGGAACCUUAUGGUGAAAGCUCGCUGGACAGUCUCAACCUCGAGCAGAUCUGGAAGGGCACGGCCAAGGGAAAUAAGAGCACCACGUAUCACUCUCAUCUGGCUGCCAACCCAGAUGAUGACGCUUGGAAUGUCGGCGCCGGCUUGAGCCAGACAGCAGCAGCAUUGUUGAUGGCGAUCAAAAACUUCAAAAGCGAGAAUAUGAAGCAUCUCAUUGUCCCCAAGAUCUAUGAGAAGGUGCUUGAAGAGAUACAGGAGUUGGAGCCUACGCUGCAUGCCCUCAAUUUCGGGAAAGGUUCCUCGACUCACACGGACACAGGAUCCUUUCGUCAAGCCAAGAAAGCCAAAUGGACCAGCACCGCCAACAUCGAAACUCCGGCCGAGCCUAUGGACCCGCUCGAGGCGGCAGCGAAGUUCCGCGCUUGGUUGGCGAAGGACAAGAGUGCGUUUCGUGGCCUGCUGUUUGUGCUCUCCGGCAACAACACGUAUUACACAGGACACACAGCCGAACUUGUUGCUCGCGCUGCCGUGCACUGCAAACCCAUGUCCGAACAGGAUUUCAUCAACGCAGUGAAGGCCCGCAUGCAAAAGCCGGAGCAAGCGCAGGGCAGCAAAGCAGCCUCCGCCGAUCCUUCCGGACUUUUUGAUGCGUAA